UAAAACCUCACUUUGCAUUGGCUCAAAGAGUUUGAACUCCGCCUCUGAUUGGCUGUCAGAGUUUUAAAGGGAGUUGCGGAUUCCAGUUAAAGGAACAUUGCGCGGGCAGCUUAUGGUUAGAAAUUCGGAGAGCUUGUAGUUACCGGGUCUUCUGACAUCUUUAGCGUUUUGCAGUCUCAGAUCGCUCAACAACCGUUGUUAAGCGUUUAAAACUAUAUCGAGCUUUUUUUUCUGAAUAAGAACAAAAAAGGGGGGGAGAAAGGAAAGCUGAGGAAUGGACCUGAGUUCAGGAAUUCAGAAGAUGUCUGUUAGCCAACAACAAUCAGGAAGAGGCGUGCCUUGCUUAAGAUGUAGAGGGAUGUGCACAGGCUUUGAGCCACAUUCUUGGAGGAAAAUAUGCAAGUCAUGCAAAUGCAGCCAGGAAGAUCACAGCCUCAGCUCUGAUGCAGAAGACGAUCGGAAAAUUGGCCGCUUGCUGUCAGAUUCAAAAUAUUCCUCGCUAACUGCUCGGGUGAAAGGAGGUGAUGGUGUUCGCAUCUAUAAAAGGAACCGCAUGAUUAUCACUAAUCCUAUAGUGUCUCGGAAAGAUCCGACGUUUGACACUGUCACAUAUGAAUGGGCUCCCCCAGGACUCACUCAGAAACUUGCUAUCCAAUACAUGGAACUGAUUUCAAAAGAAAUGCAGCCAGUGGCUGGUACAGAAGGAGCUUAUUAUCGGCGCAGAAGGAUGAUGAGACAGCUUCCUAUUUAUGACCAGGACCCUUCCCACUGCCGUGGUCUUUCUGAGAAUGAAGUGAAGCUGAUGGAAGACUUUGUAAAGCAAUAUAAAAGUGAGGCCCUUGGAGUUGGAGAAGUUGCUCUGCCAGGUCAAGGAGGCGCCACCAAAGAUGAAGGGAAGCAACAUGAUAAAAAUGUCCCUGCAAACAAGGAAGCAGCUUCAACCAAUGGAACACUGGCUGACGCUGCCAAGGGAUAUUUUUGUGACCACUGCAAGCAUCCGCUGCCCAUGGAAUGCCCUGUGGUCUAUGCAGACCGAGCAGGCUAUGAUCACCAGUGGCAUCCUGCGUGCUUUGUGUGUUCCAAGUGCUCUGAACCACUCGUUGAUCUAAUCUACUUCUGGAACAAUGGAGCCAUUUGGUGUGGACGCCAUUACUGUGAGAACAUCAGGCCACGUUGUACAGCCUGUGAUGAGAUCAUAUUUUCUGAGGACUACCAGCAAGCUGAAAGCUUUACCUGGCAUAAGAAGCACUUUACCUGCUUGGAGUGUGAGACAUUGCUUUCUGGAAAACCUUUCAUCCUGGAUGGUGCCAACUUGCUCUGUACAACUUGUAGUAAAAACAAACAACUUUAAACACCAUGCUUAUUUUCAAAACCCAAAGUCUGUUCUGACUCAGAGAAAAUACAAUUAAUGGGCCAGAAAAUGAUGGGGAAUGGGUCAUAAGGGAAGGAAGUCAUGUAAUGUUGGGUUCAGACUUCUUUGUCUAUUCACAAGCACAAAUUUAUAGGAAACUGGACAGAGAAUGAUCACAUGGUUGGAAACAUGCUGUGUGUAAUGUCUAGAAAAUGGAUUGUUCUAGCCCUUUCUAGAGGUAUUAAGUAGAACCUAGGAGCCAUUGUGCUCAAUUACAGGGGCAGCAUCUUUAUUUGUUUUGUUUUUUUAAAAACUAAACUAGCCUAUCUAAAAUUAUUCAGUUUCCUUAUUUGCCUGUCAGAUCUUGCUCCUUAUUAAAGUGAUAUAUUUGCAGCUUAAACCCUCAAAUACUUACUCCGGCCAGACUCGUGACUCGAAUGGACUGAUAGUUUAGGGAUCAUCUGGGUGAACAAAACAUAUGUAACCCUGGAAUUCAAGCAAGGGUUUUCCGUGUUUGUUACAAUAAGUUGCUUCUCAUCUUUUAUUAGCACAUUGUGACUAUUUGAGUACCAGCAGAUUGUCAUAAUAAAUUCUUUUAACAUCUUAAAACACUGCAAGAAUAGCUUGUGCAGGCUAAUUGGAAACAACUUGGACUGCACCCAGCAUAUGAAAAUGGUAGCUAUGACAAGUCAAAAGGAAAAUGAGUUAGCCAUUUCCUUCUUAGUUUUAAUUGGCUUUCCUGCAAUGAAUUGCCAUUUCUUUUGCAAUAUUUUUGAUCAGCAUAUCAUUCAUGAUAAGUCACCCUUCUUACCAUUAAUCUAUUCACUCUAUCUAGAAAAUCUUCUAAUUGGUCCUUGGCCUAAAAACACUAUGGCAUGGUUCAUAUUUUAAGAAUCCCCCCACAUGCAACAGAUCAUCACUAUAGCUGUGUUGGGGAAUAAAUGAUAUUGGAUCUUGAAAGGCUCCUUAAAAUCUUCUCUACUUGCAGUGGAUCUGGUCCUUCCAGAGACUAAGCACUGUUGUGACCUUCCUAUGUUUCCCAUAGGGGAUUUUAAACUGUUUGAACCAGAGCUAUGUUUCUAUUAUGUAUACUUGGAACUACAAGAACCUGGUCUACUUAUUUAUAGUACUCCACACAAAACAAAUGUGGGCUUCUUGUCCACUUAAACUCUUGAGAUUUUAGGGAAACAUCUUGUCAACAAAGUACUCUGACCUUAAAAUAGUUGUAUUCAUAACACUCCAAUAAUAAGGGCUUGUCUGAUAAGAAUUUACUGUUUUUAAACCUGUUUCCUGUUCUUUCCCAUGGAAUUAGUAGUAAAAUUUACAUUGCUAACGCAUUUUGAGGUUGCUGGUUUAAGCUUUUUUAUAAUGGAUAAUGUAGACAGCCUUCAUGAGUUACAGAAACUGUACUGUGUUACUAACCAUUUAAAUGGUGUUUGGUUCUGCCACUUAGCAACAGUAGCCUAUGACAAUAUUCUUCUUUAAUAAUACAACAGGAACUGAAGUUACUUGACACUGAGAACUGGAAAACAGUUGAUAUAGAAAUACAUGUUGAUUUAGAAACAUAGAAUGUUUACCAUAAUCAAUUAAACAUCCACUCAACAAUCCUACAUUCCUUAAAGAAUGUACAGGGAAAACUUGGAGCUUGGAUAUUCAUGUUAUAUGGCAAUAGAAUAUUCAAGAUGUAUUUUAAAAAACCUCAAAGGGUUUUGUUUUCAUCUUCUUGGCUGUAAUGUCUCAAUUUUUUUUUCUGGUUGUAAAAUGCUCAAAUGCAGGUACCAGCAAAGGGGAAUAUCUAGUAGUUCAGCUGCAUUGUAUUAUGUCUAAAUACAUUAGUAUAGACUGUUUAAAAAAAACUUUUUUGACGAUUUAUAACAAUUACCAAUGUAUUCAGUUGGUUGUGUGGGAGUAAAAUGCAUUGCAAACUGGUAGGACUACUUGGAGCCAUUUUCUCAGUUCAAUGUACCCCGAAGAACAUCUCAUAAUUGUGGACAGAAUCAAUAUAAUUUUAUGUUCUGUUGAGAUUA